GUAUGUCUAAAUGACAAUUAACUAAUUUCCCUUCUCCUUCUUCAAUCGCCAUUUUAUCUCAGCACAGAGAAUCGAUAUUUUUUUGUUGAAAUUCUUACAAAUCUUUUGUUUCUAGCAAAUACUGAAAGUUCCAAUUUUUUUGAGGUUUCAGCAAAUCAAAGGAGUUAUCUAAGAUGCUUUCAAGAAUUGCGAAAAUCCCACUUGUGAGUUCACAUCCUGAGGUUUAUGAACCAUGUGAUGAUUCGUUUGCAUUGGUCGAUGCUUUAUUAGCUGAUCGAACUAACUUGUUACAACACAAACCCUCAAUUUGUAUGGAAAUUGGUUGUGGUAGUGGUUAUGUUAUUACUUCACUUGCUGUUAUGCUUGGACACGAAGGAUUUGUUCCAUACUAUAUUGCAACAGACAUCAACCCUCAUGCAAUAAGGGUGACUCGUGAGACCAUGGAUGCUCAUGGGGUUUAUGCAGAGUUGGUAAACACUGAUAUUACAUCUGGACUUGAGAAGCGAUUGGCAGGAUCAGUUGAUGUGCUGGUUGUGAACCCUCCUUAUGUUCCUACGCCUGAAGACGAAGUUGGUUUUGAAGGCAUCACUUCGGCGUGGGCUGGAGGGGAGAAUGGUCGAAGUGUUAUUGAUAAAAUACUGCCUGCUGCCGACAAUCUUUUGUCAGAGAAGGGCUGGUUAUAUAUGGUCACGCUCACUGCUAAUAAACCCUCAGAAAUAUGUCUUGAGAUGAGAAAGAAGGGUUAUGCAUCUCGAAUUAUCCUUCAAAGAUCAACUGAAGAAGAGAGCCUUCAUAUUAUCAAAUUUUGGCGAGAUUCUGAUAGCCAGUUGGAGCUGAAUAAUCUAAAUUAUUGGUCAAAACUGGUCGGGAAUUAGCAAAAGGGUCUCAUUUUGUCCUUUCAUCGAUUGUCCGUUGGGGAAUAUGCCACUAGCUGUUAAUAGCAUAGGAGGAAGUUCAUCAACUGGAUGUGGUGGACGGGGUCUGUUAUCUUUAUUAAAAGGUUUCCUCAAACAAGCUGACUCGCGCUCAACUUUAUCAAGUACCUGAUUUGAUGCCUAAAGUUGUAUCUUCUUGGUUCUAAACACAAAUUUUGAAUAAUUUGCUUCCAUAAUCUGCUCUCUUCGCAAAAAGCUAGUGCGUUAAUAUCUCACAAUGCUGAAAGAAUCAGUUGAUGAAUAUGUUUGGACGGAUAUUAUCUGGAUUCUUGGCUGGUUCGUGUCUUGUUAAUUUUCGUAGAUUCUUACUAUAUCCAUGUUGGUGAAAAUUUCCAGCCCUUUGAAAUAUAAGUGCUUAUUUUGCUUGUUCAUUAUGUCUUGAAGUUUAUAGAAUAUCAUGUUGAGAAGUAAUUACUAAUCAGAGUGAUUACUUCAAUUAUUUCUGCAAAUAAGAUGCUUGUGACACAACUUCAGACCAUGAUUUCUUUGCUUGGACUCUCCAGAAAUGUACUACUUUUGGAGGAUCUGACACAUCCCACGAUGUUUUUGAAGAGCUCGAGCAGUGAUUUCUGGUUUUGAACCUUUCUACCUAGUGGCAUUACCCUACAUGUUUCAUAAAGAACUGUCAUUAGUUCCUUUUAUAUACUAAUGCAGCAAAAGUGUUGAAAAGUUGCAUUCAGACAAUUUUUCUUUGUACUGUUGCACGUCAGCAACCUUGAGAAGAGAAAUUUAUGAAGGGAUAUCCAUGUUCUUUA